AUGUCCCCGUCCCGUCCUUCCUUUCCAGAUCCGUCUUAUUACGUCGCUGGGUCCAUCCAUGAUCCAACCGAGGCCGACAGUGUGCCUUGGCCAAACCCAAUCCUCCAAUCUCACAGUGUCAAGACCAAGCAGUCAAUCGUAGAAACAAACACAAAAGCUGUCAAGCAAACUCUGCGACCCAUCUGUCCCUCCCGCCCUUUCGACACUUUCCCGGGGCCACGCACGAUACCCAGCUCGGUGGUAGUCCAUUGCCAUUGCCAACGCCAAUGCCUCGCCGUCGCCGACGCAACAGCUGACAAGCCUUCCCCUCGUUCGCGCCAUCGACCAAAGCUCGCCCACCCAGAAUCCCGCUCCACGUUCCCUAGGCCGCCGUUCAAGCUUGACGAGCUAGCUCAUGGCUUUCGCAAGCUUGAAGGUCGUCCUACUUGA